AUGAAGGCUCUCCUGCCCACACUGCAGACUGCGGCCCAACAGCAGGUGUCUCUGGAGAUGGCCGAAGGACGAUUGCUUCAACGCUGGGCUGAACUUGCUGGAACCCUGGUUGAAGCAUACACGCAGCUACUCUGGCUAGAUGCAGAAUCUUCGGAGAUCCUGCUGGCAUUUAUUGGCGCCUGCUUCGUCGUGCACCCACAAGUGGCGCAAGCGGUAGCGGAGCUGUGGGCAAUUCUGAAGGAUGCGAAACGUGACAGCAAGCUCCCCGAGGGCGUGAUGCCAAAGAUCCUGCACCGCCUCAUCGAGCCGUCUGUGCUGUCCUUCAUCCGUUUUGGUCGCUUUGACUCGGCUCACACAGAGGACCGAAGUGACCUGGUUCAGCUCCGAAGCUCUCAGCAAGACAUCUUGGUUGAUAUGUACUGCAUAGCCGCAGCGACACCAGAAGCGCAGCUGGUGCUGAAUGGCUUGUUUAGCAACCUAGAGAAGGCCGAGUCCGCACGGGACUUGCUUGGCAUGGAGGUGGUCUGGUAUGCAUUCCAAGGGAUCGUCGAAGUGUUGGCAGAUGAGCCGGCCAUCCCGGAGGUCUACCACAAAGUCCUGCCAACCGUGUUCAGAGUAUCCGGCGCACCUGCAGAAGUCCUUUCGACUGGGGCGGCGUUACUUCGAGGCUGUGGCCCGCACUUCGAGCAGCGACUCCAGGUGCACCUGGCGCCUGCAGUGCAGUGGCUCAUGUCCGUCGUGGCACAGAUUCCGGUGGAAGCCAGCGAGGUUAUCCAAGAGCUUUGCGGGUAUGCUGGCAAGCUCCUCCUCCCGCAUGUUGAGGAGUUCCUCAAAGUAGUUUCUCAGGUUGCAACAUCAGCACCAAGCGAAGUUGACGCUUCGCUUCAUGGCGCUUUGGUUGGCAUCACGCGCAGCCUUCCUGAGGAACAAGCCGCCCUCGCCUUUUCGAAGAUUUGCGAUGGUGCUGGAGUCCUGCUCAAGGGUGGCCUUGACGUGUCCAGCGAAGCGGGCCGAUCCAGUUUCCACCGCGUGCUUUGCCGCUUACUGCGCUGCGUUACGGUUGCAGAGGAAGCUGGCGCAGCGCCCACCACGCCGGGUGUCACUGAGGCAGCCAGGACGGCAUCACGGUGUUUAGCCAGAUUCCUGCUCAUGCACUGGGCAUCCAUCGCGCCUUUGAGCCAGGCGCUGCUGAUGGCAGCGCCAGCCACAAAGGAUGCAGCAAAGGGAAAGCCCAUCUUCGAGUACUCGGAUGUGGCUGUGCAGGUAAACGUUCUGGCGCUGCUGCGCCGAGCCGCACGGGCAGCAGCCGAGGCGCCCGAGGCAACGCUUGCAGAGGGGCUGGCUUCGUUGGCGGUGGCCUGCUGUAAGGAAGGGCAAUUGGCACCAUUGGCUGCCCUGGCGCAGCUGUCAUCAAAUCCUGAUCUGGCUCGCAGCCAAGUGAUGCCGCACUUAGAUGUCAUCUCCUCUGCGUCCUUGACACACAUACAGAAAGGGCGCGCUGCAGAGGACUUGGUCCCUUUCCUGGAUCUUUGCUCCUGCCUUGCCGCAGCUGCAGGUGACGCGCUUUUUGCCUCUCCUCAGGUUCCGCCGCUGGCGCAGCUUUCGGUAGCCGCGCUUGCUUCCUCAGAGCAUGAUGUGCUGAAGCCGGUGCUCGUUUUUCUUCAGCGAUUGCUGACAUCCCGAGCUCUCUCCUUGGGAGAAGGCGAUGUCUCCAGCUUGGCACAAGCCAUCUUUGCCCACUUCCAUGCGUGGCCCAGGAGCAUGAAUGCCCAGACCUUCAAGGUUUUCUCUGCGCUGGCCGAAAGACAUGAACAGGUCUACAUGUCUACCAUUGCGGCUGCCCUGGGUGCACCGUUUAUGGCGCAACUGUCAGCUGCGGACAGGCUACUGGCCCAGCAGGGCCUUGCACGUCUUCGGGGUCCAAAGCUGCGAGCACUUCUGGGGGACCUGGCCAUGCUGGCGCGCGGUGAGGCUGUGGCGGAUGUACUCCAGAGUUAUGCAGACGGCGGCUGA